GACGUCCCUGGGCUGUAGCUUGUAGCUUGUAGCAGGAGCCGGCUACACGCGUGUGUGGAGCAGCGGCAACUCCUCUCUCCACGCAGCCACAUACACCCAGACCAUGGGCAAAAGGAAAACCCACAAGUUUGCCCGCCCGCAGUUCUCCCCCCUCGGGCCAGCGAAUAACACCCCAGAGGGGGACGAAGAGACGGAGGAUGGAGCUGGAGAUAUCUUCUCGCCAGCUGGGGAUUUACUUGAGAACUUACAGAGCGCGUCUUCUGAUGUUCGUGAAUUUGCAUGCGCAAGCAUUUCGAAACUUGUCCAGCAGAAAAAGGUGAUCCCUUCAUUUCUGCAGAAGGAUACCAUUCGCUGCUUGGGACCCAUGCUCCUCGAUCAGAGUGUCGCUGUCAGGGAGACGGCAGCUGGAGCCCUGAGAAAUCUUAGCGCCUGUGGAGGGUACGAUGUUUGUGACGAGAUGGUGAAGCAAGAUGUUUUGACCCCCCUUGCGGCACUGUUGCGAGAGUGUUGUACAGGAUUAGAUUCCACUGCCGUCAGUCCACGUAAAAAGCAAGUUUCUGAUAAAAACUACCUGGAGGGUGUAUCUAAUGAGGCGAUCCACCUUCUCUGGAACUUAUGUGAAAGCAGCAGCAGGGCCGUGUGUGUCUUCAAUAAAGAAGGUUUAUUGGAUAUCUGUAUUUUGUGCUUGAGGCGAUUUAUGGACAAUAUAGAAUUGGCCAUUUCUGCAGCUUAUUGUCUGCAGACUGUGGCUGAAGACAAUGCUGAGCUCCUGGCAGCCUUCACUCCGCAAGUCCUGCAGGUGUUGGAGGUGGUGCUUCUAUCUUCAGGAGAUACCCCAGACCAUCUGCUGCUGAGGACACUUGUAGCAGGUACCGUGUGGAAUGUGAAGAGUGUUGUCCCCUGCAGCAGUCAGGCAGAGACGAUCAACGCCGUGAUCAGGACCCUGGCAGAGACCCUGGACAGGAACGCCAGCCAGACGAUUGUAACUCUCAGUCAGACUGCGCGGGCAGCCCUCGAGACCGAGGCAGGGUCCGAGAUGGAGGAGGAAAUGACCGACACUCGUCAGAACGGUACUCCCAAUCCCGAGGAUGAUGCGCUGGGAAUAUCGCCACAGAGUAAAGUGGGAGAUGGCACGAGUGAAGACAUUUCGGACUUCCUACCUGUGCGGAGUGAGGAGUUGAGGCUCGCUACCGCCCUUCUUGCUGCACAACAGACCGCCCUGGAGAUCAUCGUGAACAUGUGUUGUUCUGAAGAGCCGUCAGAUGAUGAAUGGGAGGAGAUAUUGAGCAGCGAUGAUAGUGACGAGGGUGUGACUGAAGGGCCCGGCUCGCUUCUUUCUCCGCUCUGCCUGUCUGCAGAAGUCCUCUCCGCUCUUGUCAACAACCUCAUUCCAAAAAAGGUUUUGGAGAAGACGGUGUUUGCUGAGAGUGCCACGGUGGAUGCUUGUACGGAGAGUCCUCCUUGGCGACCCUUGUUGGCAAAGAUGACACGGGUACAGUGUCGAGCCCUGACCUGCCUGAAUAAUCUGCUCUCAACUUUGGACGUGGAAAGACUCGGUGGGCCUGCUGCCCUUCACACACUCUCCCAGCAUCUCACAAACCUCGUCUUCUCUCAGUCCGAGAUCCCACAGGACUCUGAGUUCUUGGAGGCCGUGACUGGUGCGCAGAGAUCAUUGAUGCAGAUAAUGUCGUCCAACAAUAUUCCUCAACAGGGUCUGAGCGCGGAGCAGCUGAUGCGGUUGUGUGAAGCGGGAGCCCAGUGUGAGAACGCCUGUGCCCGUGUCAACGUAGUGGCCAUGGUGGGAAUUAGUGGCCACGUCCUCGCCAAGGAGGAGAACACCGGCGCCACUCUCAAGGUGAUGGGUGACUUCUUGCUGCAAGUGAUGGCCAAGGAUUCGUCGCUGGUGGUGGUGGGCGAAGCCCUUGAUGCCCUCAUCGACAUCUUUGCCGAUGGACUUGAGGCCGACAGGGCAGCACGGCAAAUGAAGCUGCUCCACGCCCUGAAAUCAUUCCAACCCGUCUUCAAAUCGAGGAUCCAAAAGGAAGGAAAGGGUAACCUCACCAUAGAUCAACGACUGGUUCUGGACAACGUGAAGACCAAUCUCCGGCGGUUCAUCGCUUAUCGCGAAGGUUUAACGAGAAAAUAAAACAGAUAUCGACGGAGGCUGGUUCAAAGUUCAGCCAAAAUCAGUAUUGUCACCUGAGAUCCUGUUCAAUCAUUACGAAGGCGAACCUUUGUAACCAGUUUAUGAAAUCUAGAUUUAUGCAUUAAAUCUUUUUUAAUUAAA